UUUCGAGCGAAGCUAACGAACGCGGACAGCUAUCAUCACGUGGAGAUAGUGAGAAGGUUACCAACCUCCAGCCGCCAGCAUCCAGCCAGCAUCCAGCCAGCAGCAAACGGAAUCAACGACCACAAAUAUGAUUGCCGUCAACCUCGCCAACCAUCAAACCAGCCAAUAGCCUCCGCUCUUCUCUACGAUCAACAGCAGCGGCAGGGAUUGAGGGAAAUACACAGAGAAAAAGAAAGAAGUAAAAAUACAUUCUGUCCCAGCUUACCAGCUUAGCGCCGGCUGGGCUCUAGUUUCUCCACCACCCUCGCUGCUUCCAACACCAAUCCGUCAUUCCGCGUGGGUGGGCUUUGCGCCGGCGGAUGCGCACUGCACACUGCAAUAAUCUGCAUAAGCCAAACUACGCAAGGAACGGUAACAGGGGACCAGGGACUCUUAGUUAGGGUCGAAACGCCGCCCGCGAAUCCCAGCAGCAACUCCUCACACCCGGCGUCAAAACACCAUUUUCGGUCAUGUGUACACAGGCGUACUUCGCGCGGAGGUGAUGCAGCCAUAAAAGUGCGAAACACUUUGUACCCAUUAAUUGAUUGCCUGGAGAGAGGAAAGCUCUCUAUUUCUCACUUCCCCUCUCUCUUUUGCUGGUGAGGAGCUUCUUCCGAGAGUCUACGCAUUGCUGGCAGAACAGAGGAUUAGGUUGUUUGCUAACUAGUUUAUUUCCUUCCAUUCCUCUUUUUUUCUUUUUGAAAUAUAUAUAUCCAUCUCUUUGGUUGAUUUAUCUGCCUGGUUGCAUUUUUUGCCAUUUAGCUUUUGUUCAGGUGCCUUGUGUGUGAUUGUUUACGUCGGGUUUAUUAAAUUCUUUCGGGAGGUUUCUGCCUGUCAUCUGGGGUUUUGUACUCCAUCCCCAGCCUUGGAUGCGAAAUUAUACCUCUCACUUCUGUCCCAAGGAUAAAAGGAACGCAUUUUCGUCAUUAUUGUGUGUGCUUUGUCCUGCAGAUCCAUCUCUUACCCUUCUUAACAGACGCCACACCCCACGACUAAAUUUCUUGGUGUACAUAUUUCUGUACACACCACGAUAAUAUUCACACACACACACACUAUCUUUACUCAUUUCCUCCGUGGGUUUCUCACACAAACGUCGCAAAAUUAUCGUGAGCCGGGUUUUCCUACUUCCAAACCUCUCUCGUUGCUUCCUAGAUACCGCCUACUACCUCUUGGAUAUCGGGACAUCACUGCUAUUCGUCCAUAGCAGAUCCAUGAUGGCGGGCUUCUUCAAAAGUAUCUAUGACUGGUUGCUCAGAAAGUUUUGGGCAACCGAAAUGGAUGUGACGAUGAUCGGGUUGCAAAAUGCUGGAAAGUCGUCAUUGUUGCGGGUUUUAGCGGGAGGGGAAUUCACGGUAGACUCUAUUCCCACCAUCGGAUUUAACACCGCGCGGGUACAGAAAGGCCAUGUCACACUAAAAUGUUGGGACCUUGGAGGUCAGCCCAGAUUCAGGCCGAUGUGGGAACGGUAUUGCCGCGGCGUCAACGCCCUGUUAUACGUCGUCGACGCAGCUGAUAAGGAAAAGCUGCCCACAGCCACGGAAGAACUUCACGAUCUCGUGAGCAAACGGUCCCUCGACGGCAUCCCACUACUGGUCCUAGGCAACAAGUCCGAUCUCCCCAACAAGCUCUCCGUCGACGAAUUGAUUGAAGCCAUGGACUUGAAGUCCAUCAUGCAUCGCGAAGUGAGCUGCUAUGGGAUUAGUGCCAAAGAGGAGACGAAUCUCGAUGCCGUGCUGCACUGGUUAAUCGCCCGAUCAAGCAAGUGAAACUCACCAUCACCAUACCCGCCCGCUCCUCCGCUCCUCCUCUUAUCCCAUGGUAUGCCGAUAUUUUUUCUAUUUCCUGUCCGAAUUCAAACUGGCAAACCCCAAACCCCAUCAAUUUAUUUUCCAUCUCAUCGAAUGUCUUCGUUGUUGUUUCUUGCCUUUAGCUCCGAAUCUCGCCCUCUCUCUCCUUUUCUUGUUUCCUUUCCUUUUCCUUUUCUUGCCAUAUAUCGUUUUUCCCGGACUCCAUGCAUCCAUUGUAUUUUCUUUUUCUUUUGUGUUCCCAGUUCAUCCCGGACCGUUUGUAACGAUACUGACGCUUUCUCUUCCGUACUUUCUUCCUUCCUCCUUUUCUAGCAAUUUCUCAUUCCCCCAAAAUGCAUGAGGUGACGUAUUCAAUUAAUUCUCCCUCCCCCUAAAUCCCCCUACUACCGGCCAAUGGGGGUUGCCAUUCCAUUUCGCUCCUUUCAUUAUAUCUUCCAUGUUCUCCCCUGUUAAUCGCCGUCUAUAUUUAUUUGCCUCUCUCGCCCUCGUCUUCAAUGGAUAUGUUAAUGGUAAUCUUUGGCAUAAGAAGCAAGCGGGUGAGCGGUUUUCUGCUUUUUUUUCUCGUCUUUUCCUCACAUUUUCUCCGCUGUUCCUUCUACCUUGUUGUCCUCGUUGCAUUUUAGCUUUUCUGCAUUUAGGGCUUUUGUUUUUCUUCUUUCCUUUUUGGAUGGGUGUUUUUACCGUGGUCGGCACGACGACACAUUCGUGUUAGGGAGGAUAGGAGAGGAAGGCUGGUGAAAAGAUCGAGGAGGCUGCCGUAUGCAAUGGCAUGGGGCUUGACGCUAGAUGUCGGAUUGUUGGCUGGUUGUCUGCAUCCAUACUGGUAAAUUGAGAUCUAUCAUUCUUAUUUAGUUUCAUCAAGUUUUUAUUUUUAUUUUUAUUUUUAUUUUUAUUUUUAUUUUUUUUGGUUCCUCAUUAUCACCUGUCUAUCCCAGAGAUAUAUGCCAGGAGACGAACGAAGAUGGAGAAGGGGGAAUAACCGCUUAUCAGUGAACAAGAAAAAAAAAGAAAAAAAAGUGGAUUGAAGAUCAUUUUUAAUCUGGCAACGGGGAGCGUCAGCAUAAUAAUCUGCCAUUCGGAGGGAUUGUCGCUUUGUACGCAGCGUAUGGGGAAAGUAAGUAGGGAGGUGAUGAAGGGUCAACCAACACCCGUUGGACAGACAACAACAGUGAACAAAAAAGGAAAACCAAAAUGGAAAAAAAGAAGAGUCAAUUCUAAACAAUUUCGAUUACAUUUAUAUCUAUCUAUCUACCUAUCUAUCUAUCU